GAGGGGGGUUGAGACCUCCUUCAUAUAGACCAGGGAAAGCAGAGGGGUCAAACAGUGGCUAUUGGGAGAAGAAAAGCCCCAUUAUCAGUGGAAGUAAACCAUGCCUCAGGCUUGGAAAUCAGUGGGAAUAAAAAACAUUAGACCUGUGGUCAGUAGGAGGAAUAGUGUCCCAUCAUUGGUGUCAGUGGGGAGGAAUAGUGUCCCAUCAUUGGUGUCAGUAGGAGGAAUAGUGUCCUAUCAUUGGUGUCAGUGGGAGGAAUAUUGUCCCAUCAUUGGUAUCAGUAGGAGGAAUAGUGUCCCAUCAUUGGUGUCAGUGGGAGGAAUAGUGCCCCAUCAUUGGUGUCGUGGGAGGAAUAGUGCCCCAUCAUUGGUGUCAGUGGGAGGAAUAGUGCCCCAUCAUUGGUGUCAAUAGGAGGAAUAGUGCCCCAUCAUUGGUGUCAGUGGGAGGAAUAGUGCCCCAUCAUUGGUGUCAGUGGGAGGAAUAGUGCCCCAUCAUUGGUGUCAGUGGGAGGAAUAGUGCUCCAUCAUUUGUAUCAGUGGGAGGAAUAGUGCCCCAUCAUUGGUAUCAGUGGGAGGAAUAG